AUGCCGCCGAAAAAGUCAAUGGAAGAGACAGAUCGGUUAACCCGUAUAGCAAUUGUGAAUUCUGAUAAAUGUAAACCAAAACGAUGUAGACAAGAAUGUAAAAGAUCAUGUCCUGUAGUACGAAUGGGAAAACUUUGUAUAGAAGUCAACCCAAAUAGUAAAAUAGCAGCUAUUUCAGAGGAGUUAUGCAUUGGAUGUGGUAUCUGUGUCAAGAAAUGUCCAUUUGAAGCAAUAUCUAUUAUUAAUCUUCCUAGUAAUUUAGAGAAAGAAACAACGCAUCGCUAUUCGAAAAAUUCAUUUAAACUGCAUAGACUUCCUAUUCCACGUCCUGGAGAAGUUCUAGGACUCGUAGGAACUAACGGAAUUGGUAAAUCUACUGCCCUUAAAAUUUUAGCUGGCAAGCAAAAACCAAACCUGGGAAGAUAUUCUGAUCCACCAGAUUGGACAGAAAUUUUGAGUCACUUUAGAGGUAGUGAAUUGCAAAAUUAUUUUACUAAAAUUUUGGAGGAUGAUUUAAAAGCACUUAUUAAGCCUCAAUAUGUUGACCAAAUUCCUAAAGCUGUAAAAGGUACUGUGCAGCAACUUUUAGAUAAAAAAGAUGAGUGCAAAAAUCAAAUGGAAAUUUGCAAAAUGCUUGAUUUAUUGCAUAUACGCGAUCGAGGUAUUGAAGCACUUUCAGGUGGUGAACUUCAACGAUUUGCUUGUGCAAUGGUUUGCAUCCAAAAUGGAGAUAUUUUCAUGUUCGAUGAACCUUCCUCAUAUCUAGAUGUCAAACAACGUCUUAAUGCUGCUAAAACUAUUAGAUCUCUCAUUCAUCCAGACAAGUUUAUAAUAGUAGUGGAGCAUGAUCUGUCUGUUUUGGAUUAUUUAUCAGACUUUAUUUGUUGUCUCUAUGGUGUUCCUGGGGCAUACGGCGUUGUUACUAUGCCCUUUUCUGUAAGAGAAGGAAUAAACAUUUUUCUUGAUGGAUUUGUUCCCACGGAAAAUUUACGAUUCCGCGAAGAAUCUCUUGUAUUUAAAGUAGCAGAAAGUGCAACUGAAGAAGAAGUAAAACGCAUGAAUCAUUAUGAAUAUCCUGCAAUGACAAAAACAAUGGGAACCUUUAAAUUGAAUGUUGAAAAAGGACAAUUUACCGAUUCGGAAAUACUUGUUCUGUUAGGAGAAAAUGGAACUGGUAAAACAACAUUUAUCAGGAUGCUGGCUGGCAACUUAGCAUUAGAUGAUGGCUCAGAAAGUAUUCCUCAACUUCAUAUCAGUUAUAAACCACAAAAGAUAAGUCCCAAAUCUCAAGGUAUUGUUAGACAAUUAUUACAUGAAAAGAUUCGAGAUGCAUAUGUACAUCCACAAUUUGUAACUGAUGUAAUGAAGCCUUUAAAAAUCGACGAUAUUAUGGAUCAAGAAGUGCAAAAUCUUUCUGGAGGAGAAUUGCAACGAGUUGCUUUAGCCCUUUGUCUGGGAAAACCAGCUGAUGUUUAUCUAAUCGAUGAACCAUCAGCAUACUUAGAUUCUGAACAACGUUUGGUUGCAGCAAAAGUCAUUAAAAGAUUUAUAUUACAUGCAAAGAAAACAGGAUUUGUAGUAGAGCAUGAUUUUAUUAUGGCUACAUACUUGGCUGAUCGUGUAAUAGUAUUCUCUGGUACACCAUCUCUAGCAACUACUGCCCAUAGUCCUCAGUCUUUAUACAAUGGAAUGAAUAGAUUUUUGAAGCUAUUAGGUAUUACUUUUAGAAGAGAUCCCAACAAUUUUAGACCAAGAAUUAAUAAAAAUCAAUCAGUGAAGGAUUUAGACCAAAAGAGGGCUGGACAAUAUUUCUUCUUGGAAGAAUAAGUACGUUCUAUUUUCUACAAGUUAAAUGGAUGGCAUAUAUAAAAUAUUAUUGAAGAAGUUUUUUAAUCUUUAUAUUUUUUAAAUGAUAUUCAGAAAUAAACGUAUAAUGUAUAUCAUAAAAUAUUAAUGCUCUGUUUUAUGGUAUUCUGGAAUUGAUUAUUUAACAGAAAUAUUAUUCUCUUGUGGGAAUAAAUUAUUUUACUCUGCAAAUAAUGCAAAAUACGUACAUAAGUUAUAACAACAAGAUAAUAAAAUGGAUUAUGUAUAUGAAAAAUUAAAAACAUUGAUUUUGUACUAGUAUAUUUAAGCUAUGUAAUUCGCAUGUAUCCGAUAUGAAAAUAAAAAAUAGCUGUAGUAGUGUACA